AUGCCUUUCUCUCUUCACAGUCAUUCAGGUCAAUUUUGUCAACAUGCGACAGGAAUGCUAGAGGAGAUCGUUCAGGAGGCUAUUAAAAAGAAAUUUUUAGUAUAUGGAUUGUCUGAACAUUGUCCAAGAUAUAGAGUACAAGAUUUGUAUCCCGAAGAGUCCCAUCUUCAACCAUCAGAUUUAACAAAAGCAUUUGAAGAAUUUGUAAAAGAAGCACGUAGGUUACAGGAAAAAUAUAAAUCUCAGAUAACUCUAUUAGUUGGGUUAGAAUCCGAGACAAUAACCAAUACUUCGACUUCUGAAGUUCUCGACUUAAUAAAGAAAUAUUCACUUGAUUAUUCUGUUGGAUCUGUUCAUCAUGUACACGAAACUCCAAUUGAUUUUGACUUGGAAUUGUUUGAAAUUGCCCUUUCAAAGUCAUCUUUUGAAGAAAAUAAACAACAGAUUGAAAAUAUUCAUGAGGAAAAUUUAUUCGUAGCGUAUUUUGAUUCUCAAUAUCAGAUGUUGCAAGAUCUUAACCCAAUGAUUGUUGGUCAUUUUGAUGUAAUAAGAAUUUAUCGUCCUAAUUUUAUUUUUACUGACUUAAUUUGGGAAAAGGUGGAGAGGAAUAUAGAUUAUGUUAUAAAUUACGGUGGUUUAUUUGAAAUUAAUUCUGCGGGAUUUAAAGUUGGAUUACCUGAUGCUUACCCACAACGAGAUAUUUUACAAGGAGGAAAGUGUACAAUUUCAGAUGAUAGUCACGGGGUUUUAAAGGUUGCAUUGCAUUAUGAUAAGCUGUAUAGUUAUUUAAAAGAAAUGGAUAUAAAUGUUUUACAUUAUUUACAUUAUGAUAUAGAUGAUAAUAUUGAAAACAGAAAAGUCGUCGUAAAAGAAAUGAAAAAUGUAUUAGAACAUCCCUUUUGGGAGCAAUUUGACGCGUGA